AUGGAUGAAGUUCUUCAUCACUCAGAUUCAAGAAUUAAGGAUAUAGUCACAUUUCCUCAAGGCGUACCUUGGUCCCUAGAUUGUAUGGGUCCUCCUCGUCGGGCUUUAGCUACAGCCCAACUUAGCCAUUUCGAUUGUGGAGGAAUAGCAAUCAGUGUCUGCUUAUCGCACAAGGUGGGAGACGAAGACAGUGGUUAUAGAUUUUUAAAGGAUUGGGCAGCAUUAACACGCGAUUCAAAUAACAUUGUACUACCUCCCUACUUUGUCCAGGAUUCCAUACUACCAUCACCGCCUAAUCUUGGUCCUCUUGUUUCACGGCUAAAUGCCGUCAAAGCCUCAGUUAAAUCUGAAGGAAUACAACACCUUACGAGGAAUGAGGUCGUGAAUGCACUUGUUUACAAAUAUGCUGCUAACGCUGCUUCUUCAUCUAGGUCUCAUCAAUUGGUUCUGUAUUUGAAUAUUCGAGAAAGUAUUUCACCUCAGCUACCACCAACCUCCAUUGGGAAUAUGCUAACGGUCUUCUCCACACCAAUACAUAGAGGAGACCUCAAGAUAGCAAAAGUAAUUGCUAAUAUAAGAAAGUCCAGAGAUAAUAAUACACGUAACAAAGAACAUAAUGAGUGGGUUUCAGAGAUAUUACAUGCAUAUAGAACGGGAAAAGGGACAUUCUAG